AUGAAAAAUCGAUUCCUACAACUUAAACAAAAACUUAAUAAUUGGAAGUGGAUUGAAUGCCAAGUAACUCUUCAUUCUCAAACUACCUAAUAAGAAUCCUAUCGUCUUCUUGAAACCAACUACAAAAUUAUGUAAGACUGUACAGUAGUUGAGGAAUCACUACAAUUCAAUAUCCAAAUGCAGAAAUCUUUUAAUUUCUCCAAACGAAUUGGAUGGAAUUGGCACAAAAGUUGGAAACUCCCAGAGAUCAUCGUUAAACCCAUCCUAAAUAGCUACAAAUUAUAUACGAAAGGUCUCAGAUGUAGAUUAAUUUGUGGCUAUGUCGAGGAUGUAUCUACAAUUAAACAAGUUGACUUGGAAGGCAACACAGAAAAACUCUAUAACGAUGAAAUCCAAGGUUUUUAAUUCGAAAACAUCAAGUUCAGUUCAACUUCAUACAAGCUGGAGGGUGUCCAUUUUCAUGUCAUUAUUGAGAUCUACAGAAGGGAUGAUAUCUUCGAAAGCGAGUUAACCAUUAAAUCAGUGAUCUCUCCUCCAAUAUUUGUUGACUCCAGAAAGGCUGCCAGAAAUACCAAGAGGUUCGAUUACUAGAAAAUAAUGUCGCUUAUCCAACCUUUUCAUCCUUUCUCUCUCAAGAAAUAACUUAUCGUUCGAUCCGAUAAGUCAAAAAUACUAAAAAUUGAAGACACUCUUGAAGGACUUAACAAUUAUUUGAUGGCCCAGAAUAUCAGGAAUAAGUGCAGGCAUCCCUACUUUCUAACUUUAAAAUUUAGAUCAGUCUUCGAUCUCUAUUAUAAUUCCAAUCUAUACUCUACACAAUUGAGUUUGGAACAAUUGCUUGUUAAGAUUUAACAAUGUUUAGUCGAUAGUUUAAAUUCAAAUUAGAAUCAGUAAGUCUUGUUGUUAAGGAUGAAAUAUACAAAUUAUAGUGAACUUGAUAUGGGAUUCUUUAGUAAUAAUUUGAGUCAAUUAUAAAAUAAUGUAAUUCAAGUUGUUGCUGGUUCUUAAAUUGACAAACAUUGGGUGAAAAUUAAUUCAAAUGAGUUGAAUACUAUCUAUACAGAAAAGUACUCCAUUUUUCCAAGAGUCUCCAAUUCAGAUUAAGUGUAAAUGAAACAAUAUUUUGAUAUCUCCUCUGAUGAAAGUGACUCCGAAGUUUGUUGUUAAAAUGAUGAAUAAAUUGAAUUGGGAAAGUAAUAAAAUUUACAGGAAUUUUAUGAAACAAAAAUUGAAAUUCAAAAAAAGAAAGUUUGUCUAUGAAUUAAGAUAAAUUACAUUUUUUUAAUCAUAAAUUAAGUUC